AUGCGGUGCCAGGUCUCCUCUGUGCCCAUGCCUCCAAAAUUAGAGGGGCAGCGGAGCGAGCACAGCGAGCGGCACCUCCCGCCGCCGGGACCGCGCCCCGCCCCGGGCUGCGCCGCCCGCGGGCUCUGCUGCCCCGGCCGCGACCGCGCCUGCCUGAGCUCCGGCCGGCGGCCCGACGGCUCCGCCGGGCCCUGCUACUGCGACCAGGCGUGUGCCCGCAGCCUGGACUGCUGCCACGACUACGGCCGGGCCUGCCCAGUUAUCCCCUGCGUGGUAUCUCAGUGGAGCGCCUGGAGCGGCUGUGCAGAGCCUUGCAAGACAACCUAUCGUGUCCGGACGCGGCACAUCGUCCAGGAGCCCAGCAACGGCGGGGAAGCAUGUCCUGCUCUGGAGCAGAGGGCCGGCUGCGUGGAGUACUGGACUCGGCAGGGAGCAGAGUGCCAGCAGUCCCUCAUCCCAGCAUUAAUAACUGCAGGAGGGUUUGGAAAAGCCAGGAAGAAAAGAGCUGCAGCUGACGGCAGUGAAAGGGCAGGGUACUGUGUGGAGUUCCAGCUGGUGGCCCUGGCGCCGGGCUGCGGGCACAGGCAGGCCUGGCACGGGCAGGCCUGGCACGGGCAGGCCUGGCACAGGCAGGCCUGGCACAGGCAGGCCCGGCACAGGCAGGCCUGGCACAGGCAGCCGUGGCACAGGCAGGCCUGGCACAGCCGCUGGACGCGCGAGCUCCGCGAGGGCCGCACGGUGUGCGUGGAGUGCCAGCAGCCAGCCCUGCACCCCCUGCGGCAGCACUGCCGCGGCGACGGCUCCGGCAGCCACCGGAAUCAGCUGUUGCACUGGCAGGCGGUGGGGAACCAUCGGUGCAAGGGAACCUGGAGGAGAAUUCGCCAGCUGGACACUUGUUCCUGCCCUUCUGCUCACAGCCUCCUGUUCAUCUGACCUCUCCUGGCAGUCCCAGCAAGCCCGGUGUGCGGCAGCAGCAGGAGCCCCAGCCAAGGCAAUGACUUCUCUGUGGCAGAGGCUUUGCUUUCCCUGCCUUUCCCGAGGUUGCUGGGGCACCUGGAAUCCUCUCUGUGUGUU